AUGGAAAGCCCGACGAACGACACAAAUGCCACGAGCGGACUGGGUGACUUGGCCAAGAAUUUGGAGUUCCUGAUGCUGAAGGUGGCACAGCUUGAGACUUUGGUGGAGUUGCAGCAGGCAGAACUCACCGCCCAGCAAGGCGAGCUCGAGUCCGUGAAGAAGCACGUGGGUCUAACAGCCUCGCAGGUGUCCAUGGCACAACGCUCGGAGGUCAAAGUGCAGGAUGCCCACGAUGUCCUGAAGCGGGUCUUGCUGAAGCACCACCGCCAGCGUGAGACCCGCGAGUACCACGACGCGGACAACGCCGCGAAGGCUCAGGAGGCUCCGGGUGAGAAGGAGGCUUUGCUCCAGCGCCAAAACUCGCAAAGCGAGCAGCAGUCCUUGGACUCGAGUGUGUCCAGCAAGAGCAUCCCCUUCUACGACGAGGUGGCAGAUGCUGCUACAGCGGCCUAUGAUACCGCUGUGCAGACUGCGGACGGCACUGGCCUGACAGGCGAUGCCUUGAAGGAUGCUUUCAACACGGUCAAGGAUCAGGGCAGAGCGGUGGAGUUCAUUCAGAACACCGUCAUCGAUACUGUUGAAAAAGCGACCGCCAUCCUCUUGAAUUAUAGAGGCUUCCAAUUCUCCCAAAAUUGCCGGGUGGACUCGCCCAGUGUUCAAAUGCUUGGCCAGACUCUGCGGAUUCACUUUGGCGGCCAGUACUGCUCAGUCACUCUGGUGGGCCAAACGGUCACACUGUUCAAUGUGAACCACGGCCAUCGGGAUGUGCACUUUCCCAGUCCUUUGGACUGGCUGCCCCACCAGGUGAGAAGCAUUGCAGGGGCCAGCCAAGAAAUGGUCGACAGGCUCCUCACCAUGAUGUUUGAUCUCUUGAACACUGCCCAUUGCGACAGAGGCAACACGUUCCACUGCAUGGCCAAGCGCGUGGCGACCUAUGUCCAGCAGUUUGAGCCCCCGCUGAAUUGGAUGCCCCAGCAACUGAAAAGCAUUGCCGGGACCAGCCAAGAAGAAAUCGACAGGCUCUUCACCAUGAUGCUUGAUCUCUUGAACACUCCCCAUUGCGACAGAGGCAACACGUUCCACUGCAUGGCCAAGCGCGUGUCGACUUAUGUCAUGCAGUUUGAGCCCCCGCUGAAUUGGAUGCCCCAGCAACUGAAAAGCAUUGCCGGGACCAGCCAAGAAGAAAUCGACAGGCUCUUCACCAUGAUGCUUGAUCUCUUGAACACUCCCCAUUGCGACAGAGGCAACACGUUCCACUGCAUGGCCAAGCGCGUGUCGACUUAUGUCAUGCAGUUUGAGCCCCCGCUGAAUUGGAUGCCCCAGCAACUGAAAAGCAUUGCCGGGACCAGCCAAGAAGGAAUCGACAGGCUCUUCACCAUGAUAUUUGAUCUCUUGAACACUCCCCAUUGCGACAGAGGCAACACGUUCCACUGCAUGGCCAAGCGUGUGUCGACUUAUGUCAUGCAGUUUGAGCCCCCGCUGAAUUGGAUGCCCCCGCAAGUGCAAAGCAUUGCCGGCACACACGUGAAUUCAGUGGCAACUUUGGUGACCGUGGGGAAUGUGCUGAAGGAUUGCGCCAACAUCCAGUCAUCCGGGGAGCUCACCAAGUGUUUGGGCUUGAAGAUCAUCUCGUCAGUGCCUCCCUUGAACUUCCUGAGCCGCAUGAAGGAGGUGCUUGCUGAGAUGAUUCUGACCUUCGCUAGGGUGGCAACGCAGGUGGUGAAGAAGGCCUUGCGCGGCAGCGCGUCCUUGCUUCAGAAGGCCAGCGCCUCCAAGUUCCCUGCGGUGGGGGAAAGGAUGGUGCACCACAAGGACAAGAACCUCCUCAUUGAGUCCCACUCCCAGCACCUCGACGCAUCACUCCUGCAGGAGGACCCAUCCGGAGCGGUGGGCUACGGGUUCCAGGACGGCCAAGAGGUCCAUGCCAGUCCCUUGGUCACACAGUUCGACGGCCGGGAGGCGGAGACGGGUUCCUGCCUGGCCUUUGCUCCGAGGGGCAAGAACGGAGCCCACGUGGCCAACCAUCAAGAGGCGACGAAAACUGACUGGACGGCGCCCAGCAAGGAGAACUUCAUCCAGCUGGAGCCCUGGGCUGUGCCUUGCGACAAUGCUUGGAUGAAGGACAACUGGAACAAGUGGCAGGGCUAUUCCUUCUACACUGCGUCAUUGCCCAUUGAGAAGUGCUUGACUAUCACCUUUUCGAUGGGCGUGCAGCCAGUUGUGGCCUUUGUAGGGGGCUUGGGAUUUGAACUUCUACCCGCGCCGCUCUUUGCGUUGGCGACCACGGUGUGCUGGCCAAACAAGAUGCCCGGGGGCUUGGACCUGUCGGUCCUCCGCUCGGAGAUCAAGAGCGGAGGGAACCUCGUGUUCAGCCGGACGCUGCGCUUGGCGAAGCGCUUCGGCCAUGGCACGGACUUCGUCAAGGCCAACGUGGAGAGCAGCUACCAAACCUCGAAGCAUGUAGUUGGGCUACCUGACUCCGCAGGUCAAAGCAGAAACGCCUUCGGUAGAAUGUCUCUCAUGGAGAGCAAUCGAAGCAACGGCACGGCAGAGUCGCCGUACUGGAAGACCGACGUGGAGGAUAUGUACCUGGGGUCCGUCGACUACAACGAGGAGAUGGAGGCCAAGAAGACCUCUGAGCUCCGUGGGGCAGAUGCUGCUCGCCGCAUGAGCGCCAUUCAGGAGGCCAAGGAGGACGUCGUCGAGUUGUUCAACUUCCAGAAGGAGGGGAUGACCAACUUCAAGAUCCAAGGGCUUAUGGCGGGCAACAGCCUCGAGAUGGGCAUCGAGAUGGGCUUCGGGGAUUUCAAAUCCCCAGCUCAAAGGAUCCCCCUGAUCAACAUCGCUGACCAAUUCUCCGUGGUCCUGGCGUCUUUGCCCUUCAUCUCGCUGGAGACCAAGGAGAAGGCAAUUGCUUCCCUGCAGGAUUUCUCCACCCAAGACAUGGGGCGGGCAAACGGGGUUCCUCUGAGGCCAGGCUCUGUGAUCGCCCUGCACAACAGGGUGUGGAACCGAUACGUCUCCAUGUCACACGUCAGUCUCUAUCCCAGCCCGCCCGAAGAUGAUAAUGGCAUCCUGGAUUCGUGGACCCAUCAGAGAUUCACGGUGGUGGACGCUGGCAACGGACAGAUUGCCCUGCACAACGCCAUCCAAAAUCGCUUCGCGAGUUAUACAGGUGCCGUCAGCGCUCUGAGAAGUGUUAACGACCUCCCAAGCGAUUGGGCUUCCGAGCGCUUCACAGUGGUGGAUGCCGGGGAUGGCGAGAUCGCACUGCAAGGGCCAGGGAAACAUUUCUUGCAGCUCUCGGAUCAGAAAGUUGGGCAGACUGCUCCCAGUGAUCACCUGCUUCCCGGACACACAUGGCAACGCUUCAAGGUGGUCCCGGCCGAGACAAAGCUGCCACGAGGCUCCGUGGUGGCCUUGUACAGCCCUCAUUGGAAGCGGUUCUUGUCCAUGAAGCUCCACGGCCUGGGCGCCAGCCCCGAGGUCCUGGAGCUGGGCGAGGGCUGGACCCACGAGCGCUUCACCGUGGUCGCUGUCAACGGCCACCAGCUCGCGUUGCACAACGCCAGGUUCAACCGCUUCAUCAGCCUGCAGCCCUCGAUGGCAGGCCCGCACAGCAACGUGGAUCAAUUCGAUCAAGCUUGGGAUUCCGCGAAAUGGGAGGUUUGGCCAGCCGUGGAUGGGCAGAUCGGCUUGCACAAUGCCCAGCACAACCGCUUUGUGAAUUUGCAAGGCGUUGCCGCUGGCGCCAGUGGUCACUGUUCCGCAAGGCCUUGGGACUCCUUCCCUUGGCAUUGGGAGCGCUUCCGCGUCGUGCACCUCAAACCCUUCCUCGAGCCAGGCUCUGUGGUGGCCCUUUACAAUGAGCCUCACCGGCGCUUUGUAAACAUGAACUCCAACGACAUGGGCUUCAGCGAACAGAAGGAUGCCAACUUUGACUUGCCAGACUCGUGGACCUAUGAGCGCUUCACCGUGGUGGACGCAGGGAAUGGGCAGAUCUCCUUGCACAAUGCUCUUCACAACCGGUACGUGCAGAUGGGCGACAAUGGAGAUAUGAGCACGAGCCCUCAUGCCCUCUCCUGGGAGCACUUCACCGUGGUGCCUGCUAGUGACAUCUUCGACGGGCGGAUUGGCUUGCACAACAGCGCCCACGGCCGCUUCAUGCGCAUGACGCAUAGCACAGUGGAUGGGUUUCCAUGCAAACCUGAGGACUUCACCCAGGCGAACUACCAGGAGACCUUCCGCAUCGUCCUGGUGGGCUCCGGGCAGUCCGGCGACCAGAAGAGCUCGCCCGUGCGCGGUCUCGGGGGCGAGGGCUUCUCUUUUCAGUGA